UCAAGGUCGGCAACCUCAGUGUCGAUGAUACAAACUAAUUACCAACGUCGACUGAACGUUGGCACGGCAGGCCAACGUUGAAAUUUGACCAUUUCUUACCAACGUCACAACAACGCCAGAAAUACGGAUGUGACGAUUGCCGACGUCGGCCUCAGUGCUAGCUGGGAAAAUGCUAUGAUGUACAAAGUGAAACCAUUUUGAAACGCUCACUCAGGGCCAAAUGCAGUGAGUUAUCUACAUUUACAUGUACAUGUUGAAAUAACCAUUCUCUGUGUCCGUGACUUUGACGUUGUGGGCGCAUUUAUUAUUGACACAGGCUCGGGAGACUGCAUUGUGUUACGCACGACUAUAGUGUCGUGGGUAAGGUUACAACUCUCGGUCACGUGUGUGUAUGUGGGGGUCACAGCUUCAAGGUAUUACGACGCGUACGGUGACUCAGUGGAGAAGGAACCUUUCAACCUCUUGAAUCUCACAGAUUCUGCUUGCCGAUGAUUAAAACACGUGAUCGUCACAAGUUCAAAGAUACUCAAGCUCAACGCUGUGCGUUGUGCCUUGUUCACAGGCGUUUACAAACUAGGCCUGCUAAAUUCAGGGAAGUGAAGUUCCGUGUCGUUUCGCUUGGGACGCUGAAUGGAGUCGGCAUCAUUGGUGAACUCAAUGGAAGAGACGGCGGUGGGCACGGGGACGCCAAAUGCAUCCCAGACACAAAAUAGGCAGAAUGUUCAGACUGGUAGUCUGCUACCCAGUAGUCUACAGCCUGGUUCCCAACCUUCCAGCGGUCGCUCUUCUCCCUACCAGACACAAACUCUGCACGCCCCACAGCCUGGAAAUCCGCCCAGUACUCAAGGCCCACAGUACACCCAGCAGCCCCCGCCAUCACUGGGGCAAAACCAGACUGUACAACAACAGGUACAUCAGCCCGCGGCCAUGCAGCAACAGCAACAGUACGCGAUGCAACAACGGCAGUACGCACUGCAACAGCAGCUGGCCAUGCAACAAGGGAGCACUCAGCAUCAGCCGCAUCCGCAAGGCACGCAGCGCAUGCACCAGCAACAAUAUGUGCAACAGCAGCCCGCUCAACUGGUGCAGCAACAGGCCCCAAGAGCACAGGUUCAGCCUGUGGUCCAGCCGCCACCCUCGCCCCCUUCACAGGAACAGCUGGCUCUUUUCAACUUCAACCCCGCGUCCAACACACUUCUCCACAGUCUUGGGGUCCAACAUCCAAAAAGUGGUUUCGAGGUUACAGGAUGUGUCCAGGGAGCGCUGACGGAAGUCAUGACGGCAACAAGUAACCUGGAGCUGCCUCAUAGCUGUCAGAUGGAAUACGAUGUGUUGCUUGAUGGUGUUCUGUUUUCAGAGGAGACUGUAUCUGACAAUCACAUAGCCUUCCAUAAGGUAGUGUUCCAGUAUCUUGGCGAUACAAAAAGCGAUGUUGCGGUACCACCAAAGCCUGAAAUGACCCAAGGUCGUGCGUACCUGACCAAUAAGCGCUUGAUCUUGCUGUCGGCGGAAGAGACAAAAGGUCUCAACUUGACAAGAGAGGGGACAGUAAGGACUAAUGCCUACAGUGUCAGAGGUCACAAGGUGCAUAGUCUCCGCUACGAGAGCAUCCCACUGUCGUGUUUUAGGGGCGCGGACUUCAGCACCGUCAGCGGCUGUAGUGUUACGGCAAGAAUCCAAGGUUUCUUUCCAGAUACUGUCGAGCAAUGCUUGCAACUGUGCUCGCCACAGAAAUACCGCGAGAGAUGGCAACCCCAACAGGCUACGACUGCGUCCAUCGACAAUCGCGUCAUCAACUUGGGCGCGUUUCUGCCUCCCUGGGGGACCAAAUGCAGCGUCCAGGUCUACAUGAGCAAGGCCGUCGAGUUGGACGGAGCCUUGCAGUUUGUCGGGGCCUUGCAACAGGCUGCACCGAGUUUGCAUCCUGAAUCCUUUAGCAUUCCACGGGAGUGAAGUGCGUUUCUACAGUCAAGGGCUUUUCGUAAAGCACUCACAACACAAGUCGUCUACAUGUAACAUGAAAAAAGGACUACUUUUGUAAUCGUUCAUUCGAAUAGAAAUGUGUCUAGACUAUAGACUGCAAAUUUACUAGCACUGGUCGUGAACUCGACUACACAGCUCCAGCAUUCAGUGUUCUAAGCCAAAGCCACGUUGAGCUUUCGCCAUGGAGCGUGUAACUUUAUGCCACAACUGGAAAGUUUAAAUAAUAACCUUGCGUCAAAAAAGUGUCCAGAAACACCAUCAAAAAACAUACCUGACGAAGGCUUAAUAAAGGGCCUAUGUACCAUCUUCCCAAUAUCUGUCAAUUCAAUUUCGUCACAUUUCAAAGGAAUUCGUUCUCUCUCUCAUGAUCACACACGUAAUGUAGAGAUUCAAUUCGUGAGUCCACGAUUUCAAGAAUGUUUUGAUCCAAUUCAUCGGAUUGUGCACAACCAUGCAGAGACAUAUUUGACAGUGUGUAUAUUGCAAGACAAGAAAUGGAAGGUUUAACAGCCAAUCCGAAGGAUAUAAGAACUGAAUAGACUGUGAAAGAUAUAAAAAUGCAAAGGAGUUUUGUUUUCAGAAGUAUAGUCAUACUUAUUUUUGCAUGACGUAGAACUGUACAAUUUCAUUUGCUAGACCUUAUUUCUUCGAGUUGUUGACACUGUUAAUUUGUCUCAGAAAUAUAGAUUUUUUGCACAUUUUCAAACUUAUUUCGUUCACUGUCAUAAACGAUUAAAUUCAAAUUUGUCUUGAAACGAUAGACCAUUGACAUGGUUUGGGAAUGACCAAUGACUGUGGCCGCGAGCUGAACCAAGAGGGCGCUACUUUCUUAGCAACGAAAUUUGGUCGGGUUACACAUUAUACAUAUUAUAUUAUUUGGUCGGCCUACAUAUCAUGUUAAACAGUCUUAACAAUCAGUGAGCAGAAAUGAACAGAUGAGACUUAAAAACUAAGAAGAGUACAAUGAAUCGUGAGAAAUUUUAACGAAAUCUGUAUCGAUCGCAAAAUUUCAUCUGCAGUACGUCCGGUAAUUGAGGAAGAUGAAAUCACAUCAUCUGUCAUGAAAAGUAGGCCUAAUUGUUUGAGAAAAGGUGCAAAAACGAGCAACAAGAAAUUAAACAUGGGAUACGAAAAGUAGUGAAUUUUCAAACAAUUUUGAAGUUAACUAUAAAUUUGGACGAAUAAACGGUUUGAAAUAAACCGAAUAAAAAGGUUUGAAAAUGCGCAUGCACGAAAACUAUAUCUUUUUGUAUGUAAUAUUUUUGGAUGAAAAUGUAUCUAAACCCAUAUAUAUGAUAUAUGUAAUAUGAUGUGAACUUCAACACGCAUAACCUCACACACAUUGUUAUCUGUUCAAGGAAAAAGGUUAGAUUUGUAAUGCGCUGAAAAUCCUAUAUAGUUUGCGGAGGGGGGAAAUUCGCUAAAAAGUGUGCAGCCAAGAAUAUUUGAGGCAGCUGACAUCCAAAAGCGUGUUCCCCAUGUCCUACAAGGAACUCCAGGGCACCCCAAGUGCCUUCUUGCACAGACACUUUUUGCAAAGUCAUAGCGUCAAGGGGAUUUUGAACCCCAUUUGAAUAAUUGACAAUCAAAUCCAUUGUCGAAUUACUUAAAUAAAUAAUUGAACUUUCUUUAAAAGAAUACAAUCAUCAAAAACCAGCCUGGGCUAGUCAAUAUCUCUUGGAAACUUCUGAACGCUGGAGUUUGGACCACUGAGUGACAAUUUUUUAAAAAUCUGAGCCUUUACUCAUCACCACCCGUUUAACGCGAUGACACCAACAUCAUGACCUGCUGUUCUUCCACUAGUAUUCGUGUAAGAUCAAACACUAUAAAAACUAUUUGUUUUCACAAAUUGGGCAGUA